AUGGGCACCGCACCUUCGCGAACCUUCGCGUUCUCCUCUUGCUUGUACAUUGCGGCGGUGGUGAUCUUCUUUUGCGGCUUUUCCCACCCUGCGGAGGGCACGGUGGUGGUGAAUGGAGUGGGCAAUGUGCACCCGAAUUUGUUCACGACGUGGAGCGAGGGCUACUCGUUCAACACCGAGAACUUUGUGAUAAACUACGACGCCGCCGAUGACACCACAGCCUCGCUGGCUCGCGUCGAGAGCGGCGCCAUUGAGUACGUGCUCACCGACGGUCUCAUCGCCCCGAGCACCCUGCCCGCCAACGCCCUGCAAGUGCCGGUGGCCGGGUCAGCGCUGGUGAUGGCCAUCAACCUGCCCUCAAUCGCCGACUCCGCUCUCGUGGUGAGCAGCGAGGUGCUGGCCAAGGUGUGGAUGGGCACCAUCACCACGUGGGACCACGCCGACAUCGCCGCCCUCAACCCCAAUGUCACCCUGCCGGCCAACGCCAUCACGCUCGUGGUCUCUGAGGCGCCGAGCAGCGUGGAGAUGAGCGGCGUGCUGGUGCGCGCCCUGUCUGCCGUGUCGAGCUCGUUUGCGGCGGCUUUGGCGUCGGCGGGCUCACUCGCGGCCAUGGUGCCGGCGAGCGCCAUGAAAGUAUCCGGCACCGACGCUCGCCUGGCCACCGUCAAGGCAAACUUGUACAGCAUGACAUACGCCGACUACGGAUCGGUGCUCGCAGCCGGCAUGGCGUGCGCGCGCAUGAAGAACGCGGCCGGUCGCCUGGUUUCGCCCUCGGCCGCCGCCAUCCAGUCGGCCAUGACCGACUUCAGCACCUCUGUCAAAGGUGGGGACAUGAGCAGCGACAUCUCAAACGGAGCGGGCAACGCCACGUGGCCGCUGGCCUACACGGUCUUCCUCACCACGUUGCACACCAAACAGGCCAAGGACUGCGGGCCGGCCGAGGGCCUGAUGCGAUUCUUGAGCUGGGCGCAGACCAAUGACCGCGCGGGGACGACGAUCAACGCGCAGGGCUGGGGCGCGCUGGGGAUCGUGUACAAGAGGGCGCUCAUCAACUCGUUCGGCACCGUCGAGUGCAACAACGAGACUGCCCUCAGCACGGCUUAUAUCAUCGGCUUGGGCGGAGGAAUUCGAGCAGUCGACGACUGGGCCGUGUCCUACGCCUCCAACUCCUUCGUGCAGAAAUUCUACUACUCCGAUACGGCCAACGCCAUCACUCAGAUGAUCCAAGGCACCAUCGACUUUGGCGCCCUCAGCUUUGAGCCGACAGAGGCGCAGUGGGCACAAAUGCCAAGCAUUCAAUUGGUGCCGGUGCUGGGCCAAGCCGUAAUCCCCUCCUAUAAUAUACCCGAGCUGCUGGAGGCAGGCCCGCUUGUGCUAACGUUGGAGAUCUUGGCCGACAUCUACCUCUCCAAUAUCGACAACUGGCGCGACCCAAGCAUUCUCGCCGCCAACCCCCGCAUUGCUGACUUGAUCCCCAAUAAGCCCAUCAUUGUGAUCGUACCGACGAUUUACUCGGUGAUGACUCUCGUCGGUUCCUCGGCAAUGGCCAAGGCUGUCCCUGAGUUCAACACAGCCGUGGGAUCGGGAGGUCUGUUGAAGUUCCCGGUGCAGACCAAAGCCCCUGAGCGGGUCCUCGAGAUUGCUGGCACCAGCGCGGCCCAGGUCCCCUUGGCCGUCGCCAACCCCUACAGCAUCUUCUUCACCCUCAGCGGCCAGAUCGACGUCACCACCGCCCUCAAGCCCGCCUCCCUGAUCAACCCCGCUGGAAACAUCGUAGCCGCCGGAUCAGAGAGCGUCCUCUCCGCCCUCGACGACUUUGCGAACACAUCAGACUACAUCCUCCUGCUCGUUCGAAUUCCAGAGUCGCACAGCUGGACUAACUACACCGGAAAAGGAGCGGGCACGUGGCCCAUGGCGACCUAUAACGGCCUGCUCAUCCACGUGACUGAGUCCAGCAACUGCGCCAAGGCCAAGGCGCUCGUCGACUGGAUCUACUACACGCAGAGUUCUUCGGUGGCGUCGACUAUCGCGACCAGGAACGGCGUCACCACGGCGGGCCGAUCGCCGGGCGUGCUCAAGCGAAUCCUCACGCAGCUCACCAGCGUCACGUGCCAGGGGGCCAAGGUCAGCUCCAUCGCCCCGUGCGUGCGCGACGGCGUGCUGUGCUCCGAUCACGGGUCGUGCCCGUCGGGCGAGUGCGUGUGCGCCAGCGGCUGGAGCGGCACCUUCUGCGAUGAGGAAGUGGGAUCAUCGUCCAGCAGCGACUCGACGACGAUCGCUCUGGCGGUGGGACUGGGCGUGGGGGUUCCGUUCUUCCUGAUCGUGAUGAUCCUCGCCGCCGUGGGCAUCAUCAUGGCGGUGAUCGUCAAGAAGAGGCAGUGGGGCAACGACAACUGGGAGAUCUCACCGAGCGAGCUCGAGAUGGAGGACCACCUCGGCACUGGCGGGUACGGGAGUGUGUACAAGGCCAAGUGGCGCGGGACGGAGGUGGCGGUGAAAGUGAUGUCGUCGGAGGUGGUGACCAAGGAGAUGCAGCGCCAGUUCGCCGACGAGGUGCGCAUGAUGACGGCGUUGCGGCAUCCGAACGUGGUGCUGUUCAUGGCGGCGUGCACGAAGCCACCCAAGAUGUGCAUCGUCAUGGAGCACAUGUCUCUCGGCUCUCUCUACGAGCUGUUGCACAACGAGCUCAUUCCUGAGAUUCCGCUGGAGCUCUCAGUGAAGAUGGCGUACCAGGCGGCCAAGGGGAUGCACUUCCUGCACUCGUCGGGCAUCGUGCACCGCGACCUCAAGUCGCUCAACCUGCUGCUCGACGCCAAGUGGAACGUCAAGGUGAGCGACUUUGGGCUGACCAAGUUCCGCGAGGAGGUGCAGAAGGCGACGGUGCACGAGGCCCAGGGGUCGAUCCACUGGACGGCGCCCGAGGUGCUCAACGAGACCGCCGACCUGGAUUACACGCUCGCCGACGUCUAUAGCUUCGGUAUCAUCAUGUGGGAGCUGAUGACGCGCGAACAGCCCUACUCCGGCAUGGGAACGGCGGCGGUGGCGGUGGCGGUGAUCCGCGACAACCUGCGGCCGCGCAUACCCGACGACCUUGAGGUGCCGCACGAGUACAGCGAUCUCAUGACCGGCUGCUGGCAUUCGGACCCGGCCAUCCGGCCCACGUUCCUCGAGGUCAUGACGCGCCUGUCGGCCAUCGCCGGUGACCACACGAGCAUGGGCGGCACGUCGAUGACCACCACGUCGUCGGGCAUCUCCAUGUCGGGCGGCUCGACAUCCGCCGGCACCGGAUCCUCGUCAAGCGCCUCCAUCGUCGGCCCUGCCCAGGCCAACGGCAACGGCGGCAACGGCGGCGGCGGCAGCAGCGGGGUGGCCCCGCCAGAGGGCGAGAUGGCGGUGGUGUUCACGGACAUCACGCGCGCGGCCUCGCUCUGGGAGCACGACCCGGCGGCCAUGCGCGACGCCACCAUGCUCCACAACGACAUCCUCCGCUCGCUCCUCAAGAAGCACCGCGGCUACGAGGCCCUCUUUGCCCGCGGCAGACACGUCAACAGCGGCGAGGGGUCGUUCUGCAUGGCCUUCCAGGAGGCGGGCAACGCGGUGGAGUGGUGCAUGGAGGCGCAGCAGGCGCUGCUCAAGGCCGAGUGGCCGCGGCGGCUGCUCGAACACCCAGGCGCGGGCGAAGAAUGGGGCGACACGGACGACCGGGUGCUGUUCCGCGGGCUGCGUGUGCGGAUGGGCAUCCACGUGGGCUCGCCCAGGAGCAAGCGCGAUGCUGCGACGCGGCGCGUGGAGUACUCGGGCGCGGCAGUCGAUGCUGCGGCGGGCAUCACCGCUCUCGCCCACGGCGGCCAGAUCCUGGUGUCGGGUCCGGCAUUGACCAAGCUCAAGGCCGCCGCGAGCCCGGAAAAGCUUCGGUUCGCUCGCGUGGGUCGGUUCGACAUCACCGGCUCUCCCUCCGGUGAGGAACUGCACGAGGUGAAGGCGCGGGGUCUUGAGGCCCGCUUCUUCGGCGGCGUCGCUGACGAUCAACACGGCUCGUCGCGAACGAUGUCGUCAUCGUUCAAUUCGAACGACGAUAGGUCGUCGCGCAAGUCGCUGGACGAGCUGCAGGCGCACGUGGGCGAGGGCAUGGAGUUCAAGGAGGACACCUUCCUCACGUCGGCCAACAUGGUGCGCUGGGUGGUGGACUUCAAGGAGAUCGCGCUCGGGCGCCAGGUGGGCAUGGGCUCCUACGGCGUGGUGCACCGCGGCCAGUGGAAGGGCGUCGAGGUGGCGGUCAAGCGGUUCAUCAAGCAGAAGCUCGACGAGCGGCGCAUGCUCGAGUUCCGCGCCGAGAUCGCCUUCCUCUCGGAGCUGCACCACCCCAACGUGGUGCUCUUCAUCGGCGCCUGCAUCAAGUCGCCCAACCUGUGCAUCGUGACUGAGUUCGUCAAGCAGGGCUCGCUCAAGGACAUCCUCACCAAUACGAGCAUCAAGCUCCCGUGGACGCGCAGGCUCGAGCUGCUCCGCUCGGCUGCCCUCGGCAUCAACUACCUCCACACGCUCGAGCCGAUGAUCGUGCAUCGGGACCUGAAGCCGUCGAAUCUGCUGGUGGACGAGAGCUGGAACGUGAAGGUGGCCGACUUUGGAUUCGCGCGCAUCAAGGAGGACAACGCCACCAUGACCCGCUGCGGCACGCCCUGCUGGACGGCGCCAGAGGUGAUCCGCGGGGAGAAGUACGGGGAGAAGGCCGACGUGUACAGCUUCGGCAUCAUCAUGUGGGAGGUGCUCACGCGCAAGCAGCCCUUCGCCGGGCGCAACUUCAUGGGCGUGUCGCUCGACGUGCUCGAGGGCAAGCGGCCGCAGGUGCCCGCCGACUGCGCGGCCGACUUCAAGAAGCUCAUGAAGAAGUGCUGGCACGCCACGGCCAGCAAGCGGCCCGCCAUGGAGGACGUGCUCUCGCGCCUCGACGACAUCCUCCAGAACGCCCACGCCUCCGGCCCCACGCCUCGGCCGGUGACGUCCAACGACAACGAGAUCGUGUAA